GUUGUUUGUCUUUGAUUCGGAAUGAAUAAGCGUUUGCGUAGGAAAAAUAUCAUUAAGACUGCUUUUUGUAUUACGCGGCAUGUCGAUAAGCACAAAACUCACAGACAAACUAGAGGAGUCAGCAGGCCAGCAGCUACCACCCUCCAUUCGCUUCAAUCCAUCACCUCCGACGAUGUGGGACGAUUGCCACGCUGGGUUGCCGGAAUCCUUCCCGCCACAGUACGAUCAAGAAUCCUUUACUAAUUUUGAUCUCUUCACUGCCGCUACUAAAUUUAAGGAUUAUUACAAGACUUUGGAGGUGGAUUAUGAUGCAACUGAUGAUGAUAUUCGAGCCAAUUACAUAAGGCUGGCACUGAAAUGGCAUCCUGAUAAGCAAAAAAAUCAGGAUGUUGCCACUUCCAGAUUUCAGGAAAUAAACGAGGCUUAUCAAGUUUUGAGUGAUCCCAUCAAGAGGAGAGAAUACGACAACAAAGGCAUGUUGUACAAAUAUGAUUACACCGUAGUUGAAUAUCUCAACCGUUUCAAGGGCCUUAUAUUGACUUGCAAUGGCCUUGGAAUUAAACAUCCAAUUUGGUAGAAACAAAAAACACCAUUCUUCCUAAACUACCACUCUUGGGAACACACCAAUCUGCUGACAUGACAACUCGAGUACGUGUGCAGAUGUCCGAGCCAAUGCUUUUGACUUUCUACUGCACCCCCACAUUUUCUUUUGUUAUGAUCUUUGUAUAAAUACCAAAACAAAAAUCCUCACAUAUUUGUAAUCAAUACUCUUCUCUGACCAUACUUCCUAAGUUCAUAAUAUGUUUAUACUGUAGGCUCUGAAUUCUCUAUGAGACCGAAAAGGAAUGCUAUUUAUUUACUUCAUUAA